GGCAGCGGGGGCCCGGGCCUCAGCUCCCGGACGGCGGAGCCGGGCAGCGCCUCAGUUCUGACCAUAAUAACUGUUCAGGAUAGGCGACAGCACUUCAACCUAACCCCCUCGCAGGUUAGACAGCUGCGGGUGGAGGGAGCACCAGAGGGAGAGAGGAAUAAAGAAGAAAGAGGGGGCAAAGGUGGAAGAUGGGACCGUUUCCCUUGUGCUUUAGGUGACUCUGAAACCUGGUUACCAUGAAGUCCCGAAGGAGAUAGAGGGACAGCAGUGGGAAUUUCUUCUCACUCCUCCAAAAAAAUCCAACAGUUGCCUAAUGGGAUUACCUCUUAUGCUGACGUCAUGGGGAGCUGCUGCAGUUGUCUGUGCAGAGACAGCAUCCCAGACAACCAUCCCACCAAAUUUAAGGUAACGAAUGUGGACGAUGAAGGUAACGAGCUGGGAUCUGGGAUUAUGGAGCUGACACAGACGGAGCUCAUCUUGCACACUCACAAACGAGAUGCUGUCAGGUGGCCCUACCUCUGCUUGCGCCGCUAUGGCUAUGACUCCAACCUCUUCUCCUUUGAGAGCGGUCGUCGCUGCCAGACGGGGCAGGGGAUUUUUGCCUUCAAGUGUUCCAGAGCAGAGGAGAUCUUUAAUCUGCUUCAGGACCUGAUGCAGUGUAACAGUAUCAACGUAGUGGAAGAGCCUGUUGUCAUCACCAGGAACAGUCACCCCACAGAGCGGGAGCUCUCCCGGACCCCCCAGGCACCCAACAGUCUGGGGUACACUGUCCCAGGAUUUCCCAAUGGAUUUCACAGCUUCCCUGGAGAAACCCUAUCAUACUCCGCAGCCCGCCACCCCUCUGUGAGCAGCCUGAGGCAUUCCUCUGUGGGUGAAGACUCUACUCAUGCCCUUAUUGGGCCUGACGAGCAGUCCCACACCUACGUCAACAUGGCCAAUGGUGAUCAGGAGCUGAGGGGCCGACAUUGUAUGCACUCCUUGCCUGAAGUCCACCCUCCUUUCCCCCAUAGGAACCGCAGCUGCUCCCUCGAAGACCGCAAUCCCCAGGUCUUUCUGCAGCCAGGGGAGGUUAAGUUCAUCUUAGGUCCCACGUCCAACUACAGACGCGUCUGUCGGCACCACCGGGAGUGUAGGACGCACUUCUGCCCCCCCAACAACAACAACAACGAGUGCGAGGAGGAGUGUCCUUCGCCCCAGUGCGUCUACGAGAACGUCAAUGGCUUGCUGCCCCCCAGCACCUCCUCUCUCUGCCGAGGCGGGCGCUUGAAACUCACCCGGGAGGACGCGGGCUUACCCGGCUGCUCCCUUCGCAGAACGGCGUUGCUGCACUAUGAGAACUUGCCGUCGCUGCCCCCGGUGUGGGAGUGCCAGCCGCUCCGGCGGGGCAAGGAGGACGCGGGCGCCGGGGAUGUGCUGACGCCUUCCCCCAACGGCUACUCCGAGGCUGAUGAAGAAGAUCCCCUGCAGAACUACAUGAACUCGGAGAACACGGCGCUGCACGGGGGCAGCGGCCAGCGGCGCAGCGGUUUCCUGCCAAAGCCUCGUCGCGGCUGCGUGCCCAGCGUCUUCAGCUUCGACUUCCCCCGGCCCUGUCCAGAGCAGCCGCGGCAACUCAACUACAUCCAGGUGGAGCUGGAGGCUGAGCCGCGCAAGGGACAUCAGAACCCACCGGUCCCCCGUGUCCCACCUCCUGCCACCCACGAAGCCCGCCGGACGGACUCCUACGCAGUCAUUGACCUAAAAAAGACAGCGGCCAUGUCCAGUUUGCAAAGGGCCCUGCCGAGAGAUGAUGGGACUUCGCGGAAAACUCGACAUAACAGCACUGACCUGCCUCUGUAAGGGGGAACGCCAAGUGCAAGCACUGUGUCGUGGCUUCGGUACCUGCCCUUCAGUGUAUUGCCCGGUGUGACUUCCAUUCGCCAUUGCCUUCUGCUUCCCUGUUUACCCCAUACCUGGUGUCAUGGGAUGGCUCCUACAGCUGAUGUUAAGGCUAGUCUAUCUGUCCGUCUUCCCCUCUCCGUCUCUCCCAUGUAGUUCGUUUUUAAAGCCUUGUGGGAUUUUUGACGAUGCCGUUUGAAGGUUAAAUUUCUGGUGAGAGGGGCAGAAGGUGCCAGCAAUAGUACCGGCACUGUGUGGAUCCAGCCUGGAAUCGGGUUAGCUCUGCUGAUUGCCUGGCAGCUCCGUGAGCUGUGCCAACAGCCUGGCUGCAGAGGCAGGGUGGUAGCAUGGUGGAGGCGUGUUUCCAAAAGCGAGUUGCUUUAGGAGCUCCACCGCAAAUCAAGCCCGUUUCCCGUGGAUUUCAUGCCUUGCGACUCCAGGCGAGCUCUGCAGCCGGGCUGCUCCACAGUCGGUUUUUGCCUUGGGGUUUCGCUGAUCCCUGAUGACUUGGGAACUCAUGCUGCGGUCUUUUCCCCCUCAGCUCUCUCUGUUCUCCUAUUUUUUUGAAGCUCGUAGAAGCUUUUCAUACUUCUGUCCCUUUCUCAGAUUUGAUUUAAAUUGGGCAACUCUAGAAAUUAGUAGAGAAGGAUUGACAGCCAUGGGCACAGACACUGUGAUCACAUAAACCUGAUUUUCUGAAGAGACCCUGCUUUAAAAGAGGAGGGGAAGACCGCAACUAUGAGAGAGUUUUGAGGUUUGGUAUAGAAAACUUCAAUUGUACCGUAUCCUGUUUCGAUUUUUAAGCGUUCUUUUUGGUGGCUGUUCAGAAGUGUUGUUGAUAUAUUUAUUUGUUUACUUAUUUAUUUAUUAAAUGUUCUUUUGCAUCUCAGCGGUAAUUGCCAAAACCGGUGCCGAUAUGAAACAUGUACUCGCUGUGGCUCACGUCCUCUGUCUGGGGAACAGAUCUCAGAAGAUGUUGGUGGCUUUGCUGAGCUGCAGUUGGGGAAGAGAGCAGCUGUGAAUCAAAAAUUUUUUA